AUGGAGACCUUCCUGAAAGUCGUGAGCGACAUCGAGGCCGCCCAGGCAGCCGGCAAGAAAGUCAGCCCAGAGCUGAUCGCCGCGGGGGCCGUCGCGCUCGCGCGGAUGCGCAGGGCGGAGCGGAAGCGGAACAGGGAGGCCCCGGAAAGGCCGGAGCCGCCGUCGCCGCUGCCGUACGAGGCCGCGCAGCGCGAGCUGCACGAGUUGCGGUACAGCGUGGGGUUGACAAGGAAGGAGGCCGAAGAGCUUGAGGGAGGGACUGGGGCAUCCAACGUGGGGCGGGUGGAAGACAAGAUUGGCGAGGUCAGGACCCAAGAGGAGGAGCUAGAAAAGGUGAAGGAGCUGAAGGAGAAGUUGAGAGUGCUGAGGACCACCAUGGAGGCCAAGAGGCGGCGCCUGCAUGCUGUGGAAGGGAGUAUGUCAGGAUGGGUAAAGACAGGCUGCAAGCUGGUGGCCGUUGAAAAGCAGCACAAGGGUGUGUGGGAGAAAAAGGGUCAAAGCCAGAACUAG